AUACUACUCUCUCUCUCUCUCUCUCUCUCUCUAAGUUCUAAAAAGUGUGAGGAGAACUCAAUACCUUCCCAACUCUAGAGAACAAUUGGUUUGAGGGUGUAACAGAUUCUUAGAGGAAGAGAGGAGAAAAAUUGAACAAAAAAAGAAAUGACUUGGUGCGGUGAUUGUCGCGACGAGCCAUCCAUCGUGAGGAUUAAAACUUGUCCUUCAUGUGGCCAUCAGAUCAAAAAUCAAGAAAAGACUGGGAUUCACAAUCUGCCGGGCUUGCCGGCUGGAGUGAAGUUCGAUCCGAGUGAUCAAGAACUUCUCGAGCAUUUGGAGGCCAAGGCGCGGUCGGAUUCUCAAAAGAUCCAUCCUCUGAUUGAUGAGUUCAUCCCUACUCUUGAAGGAGAGGAUGGAAUUUGCUAUACUCACCCAGAGAGGUUACCAGGAGUGAGCAAAGAUGGGUUGGUCCGGCACUUCUUCCACAGGCCAUCCAAAGCAUACACCACCGGAACCAGAAAGAGGAGAAAAGUACUCACAAAUCCCACUGAAGGGAACGAGACUCGCUGGCACAAAACUGGCAAAACCAGGCCCAUUCUCACCGCUGCCGCCGCCAUUAAUCCCCACAGCAACAAAGUCAAAGGGUACAAGAAAAUACUUGUGCUCUACACCAACUACGGGAAGCAGAAGAAGCCCGAGAAAACCAACUGGGUCAUGCACCAGUACCACCUCGGCAACAACGAGGACGAAAAGGAAGGAGAGCUGGUGGUUUCCAAGGUUUUCUACCAGACACAACCCAGGCAAUGCGGCUCUUUCGUGAAGGAGGUUUCGGUGGGGAAACCGAAGGGUAGUAGUCGAGGCGGGAAUCAGAUUUCUCAGUUUCAGGACGGUAGUGAUCACGGUGUUGGCUACUACGGCGCCAAUCCGACGUCCCUCAUUUCGUUCGAGAUAUGCGAUCGCGAUAGAACGAGUUCCCGUGUGGUCAUUCCCGAAUUCUAGCGUCCGCGUUGGGGCACGGCCGCACGGGAUCCUCUGUUCUCAAUCCUCCCUUGUUCUACCCUAAUGCAGUUAUAGUCGUGCUGAUGAUGGUGGCCCGUGAUUGAUUCGUAUACGUCAAGAUUCCCGAUACGUUAUGGGGACGAAACUCCUGCUUAGUUUGACUAUGGUCCAGUUCGGUUCAGUUUGGCUUCGUGGGUCUUUCUCAGGCUAACAGUAAUGGUAAGCAUCGUUCAUUAUUUUGUAGAGCUUCUAAGUAGUCAUUUCUAUGAAAAAAUAACUGAACACAAUACAUUCACGCAAUACAAAACUAAUAGACAAAGUAUUAUUUAAAAGUACUUAAACUAGUCGUUUUUAUUGCACAAACGUACUUUGUUCAUAUAGUUAAUGACUUUUGUUUAAGCUAAUUUUUUUAUUUUUUUUUAUGACGGUUUGUUACAAGUCCUAAAAAUUGAACGAUGAGCCUGGUGAGGAACCCACAAAGGCACAAAUUGAAUCGAACUGAAUCUCGGACGAACUAAACGGGAGCUGAAGAAGUUUUGGCGACAAAAGGAUCCUUAGUUUCAUGUUUGGUUCUCACCAUUGUUUCUUGUAAAUGAGAAUCACAAUGCUGCGGUGGCUCUAGGUAGAAAAUUUUAAAUUUUCGUUUUAAUUAAUUAUGUCCAAAUUAAUUCAAUGUAAAUUGCAUGGUACUAUGUAAUAAGUGGUGAACUAAAUUCACAUAUUUAAAUGCAAAAGGGCGGGAAAGAAUAAGAGGAGGUUUGUGUC